AUGUUGUCAUCCUCAACCUCAAGGAUCACUCUCAUAUUUAGGUAUUCUCUUCUCCAAAUCCCUAAUUUUGUUUCCUUCCCUUCCUCUUCAUCCCUUCACUCUCAUUCUACUCGCCAAGUUGAUGAAGCUGUUCAUUCCUUCACUCGCAUGCUCUCUAUGCGUCGCCCUCCAUCCAUCGUCCAAUUCACCAAGAUUUUGGGGUCUCUUGCCAAGACGAAGCAUUUCCACGCCGCCAUUUCCCUUUUUCAGCAAUUGCAAGUCAGGGGAAUCGCUCCCAACUUAAUUACUUUGAGUAUCGUAAUUAAUUGUUGUUGCGGCAUGGGUCGUAUGACGCCUGCUUUCUCUAUAUUGGCCAAGAUUUUCAGAAUGGAUUAUCAACCUAAUACGGUAACAUUGACAACAAUCCUGAAAGGUCUCUAUCUCUGUGGUAGUGUUGAAAAAGCAGUGCGCUUUCAUGACAGAGUGGUGGCUCAUGGAUUUCAGUUUAAUCAAGUCACUUAUGGGACGUUGAUCAAUGGGCUCUGUAAGACCGGACACACAUCAGCUGCUAUUCAAGUGUUGAGAAAGAUCCCACGGUAUGGCAUUGAUCCUAGUGUCUUCAUGUACAGAGCAAUUAUUGAUAGCCUCUGCAAGGAUACACUUGUAAGUCAGGCUUUUCAUUUAUUCUCUGAGAUGCUUGCUAAGGGAAUUUCUCCUAAUGUUAUCACAUACAGUUCUCUCAUUUUUGGAUUGUGUCUUGAGAGUCAAUAUAAGGAAGCCAUCGAUUUGUUAAGUGAUAUGGUGCUUAGAAACAUUACUCCAAAUGUUCCGUACCUAUAG